AUGUCGGGGGAAGAGGUGGCCAAGGCGUUCUUGACGCACUUUUACAGCAAGUUUGCCAACAACGGGGCACAGCUGGACCAGUUGGGCGCUCUUUACCAACCCACCUCGAUGCUCACGAUAGAGGGGAACCAGGUGGUAGGAGCCACCAACAUUGUCGCCAAGUACAAGGAUCUGGGGGGAAACCUGCAGUUUCAGCCGGACACGCUUGAUGUGCAGAUGGGCACUACCACUAGCGCCCUCCUGGCCGUCGUCACCGGCAAGCUCAAGAUCGACAACGGGAACCAGCUUCACUACCUUCAGAUGUUCCAGCUCGUGAGCACGGGGCCGGGAGCGUACUACGUUCACAACGACAUCCUCCGCCUCAUCUACAGCUAG